GUUUGAUUGGGGAUCUCACGCCAUGUUACUUAUAGAUGGUUUUUGUUUUACAUUCAGAAAAUCGUAAAAUCGAACAUCGUUGCAAGUUACGAGUGUAUGUUACAUGUGUCUGUCACAACAAACUUGUCUGUGUGUCCAACUGUCCUAUAGGAAGUGCAGCUGAUCGGAAACCAGGAAAUCCAAAACCUGUCUGAACUCAAACUUUUUAUCCCAGUGUUGUGACUAUUUGCAGGAAUCGAUAUAGGAAUGUCUGUUUUCUCAAUGUAUGUUGCAUUACCAUGUGGUACAUGAUGGAAAGUUUACAACAGAACUACAGCCUUCAGGAAAGACUGAUACGUACUAUUGCUGACUGGCGGGCUUAUUCCACGGAUGACGUGGAAGACCUUCUCAAUCAAGGUGCGGAUAUCAACGGAGCUUCUGGUACCUUGUUACCUCUACACUGUGCCUGUAUGGUUAGUGACAGCCAUGUCUUGAGAUUGCUGCUUGACAGGGGCGCUGAGGUUAAUGCUGUGGACGGUUAUCAAAGAACUGCUCUGCAUUACGCCGCUGAGAAAGACGACAUUUGUACGGAGCUUCUAAUAGAGUACGGCGCUGAUCUGAAUGCUCCCGAUGGAAACCAAGAUGCGCCGCUUCACUGGGCUGCCUUCAAAAAUAACUUAAGUUGCGUGAAAACUUUACUUCAACACAAUGCUGCAGUAAACAUUGUUGAUUACAAUAACGACACGCCAAUCAGUUGGGCGGCAAAGAAAUGCAACAUUGAAAGUGUGCAGCUGUUGUUAGAUUACGGUGCGGAUGCAUCGAUUGCGAAUUUUAACGGAGAUUUGCCGGUUAUGCGAGCUGCACGUUUGGCAGCAAGCGGUUUAGACAGCCAAGAUGUGGAAUGCGUAGAACUACUCAUGAAGGCGUCUGGUCAGUUUGAUUUACGUGAUCUGGCCGGUCAUCUGCCAGAUAUUAUAAAGCAAGAUCCUCUCUUACAUGACGUUCUAUUUAAUGUUUGUGAGAAUGUGCUUCCUCUGAAACAGCUUUGUCGUCAGGCUAUUCGCAGAAAUCUUGGCCAGUGUUAUAUUCCUAAUAAAGUACCAGGGAUUCCUUUACCGACUGCGCUGCAAAAUUAUCUACUGCUACAGGAACAUUGACGGGAAUUUGACGCUUGUGCCAAAAUUUGUGAAUAACAGUCAUUUAUGCUCUCAUACAGGAGGGUAAUUACUUGAAUUAUGUAGAGCGUUCUCUGGCAGUGGUAGUGAUGUAUUAUCUAUUUUGCAUGUGACUAACCCUGUCUGGUGUUGAUAUAAACAGAUCAUGCAAUUCUAUACA